GAAAUUGAGAUAGAAGCUAAGGUUCUAAGAAUUGGAAAAGCUAUCGGGGUAGCUAACAUAGACCUACGGAAAAAAAAGAAUGGGAAGCUAUUUGCACAGGCGCGCUAUACUAAGUACCUUGGUGUAACUAGCAAUAUAUGAUAUGAUCUCACCUUGCUGCUUGUCAUAAUAUGCUUGAAAAAGCUGAAGAAACUGCUUGUCGAAUCAAUUAUACAGCAUUGUAUUUUAAUGAAAAUUUAUUUUGGAUGUGUUACUAAGCAACAGAAGUGGUUGCAUUUUUUGUUGCAUUUCUGAAUAAUAGAAAAAGAAGUAUUUUGUGGCUAAAUGUUGUUUGUAUAUGCUUAUCUAAGUACAUUAGUUUUGAA